UAAAGCUAAGAACGGCUCCAAAACAAAAACCACUAUUUCUUCCCGUCUUCUGCGAAGAGCCCGAACAAAGAGGAGUGACCAACGAUUUUAAGCCUGAGCGUAACUCGCCGCCACUACCCUCUACGCGGUCUGACUCUGAUUCAACUCGGCGGAGUUGUGGAUCAUUCUUCUGUUUCCCACUCUCUGAUCGCCGAUAUUGAUCACGGGUUCCUGAAGAGUACCAGGAUUAAUCGAUUAACUUCGUGUUUACGGACUGAAAGACGGUUCUUUGGAUUGGAAUUUUGAAAUUUAGGGUUUGGGGGAUAUUUCGAUGCUUCAGAAUCACUAUUUCCGGGUUUGAAGGGAUUUGUGAACGAUGCUGGAUUUUCGGGAAGGUUGGUUAGCGUCAGGGUUACUCUCUGUGUUUCGGGACAGAUUUCAUGUUUGCAGUUCGGGUUUCUAGGGUUGUGGUUGGGUUCUAUUUGUUGGUAUAGAACAUGGAAGACGAUUCUGAUCUUCAGGAAGGGGAGGCAAUCUCUUCUAUCUGUCAAGGCUUUGAUCCUUUGGAUGAUCUCGCUUACUUGGAUGAGAGGAUAGAGAAUACUCUUGGCCAUUUGCAGAAAGCUUUUGAAGGAGGGGUGCUAUCUGCAGAACUGUUGGGUCAAAAGUAUGGUGGCUAUGGAACAUUUUUGUCCAGUUGUGAAGAUUCACUGCCUGCACCAUUGCUUCGAGGCACUCCUCAAAGGAGUCCUGAUGUACAACGACACCCUAGCAGUUUGCCCGGGAAGAAUGCAGUUAGGAACUUAGGAUCUCUGCGAUCUGCAUCAUGUAACCUAAAAAGUAAUCAGGAUGAACAAAACAAGCGAGAUUCAGACUCCCCUUCAAUUCAGACUUCUGGGAAAGUGUCCAUGAAGAAAGGAAACACGAUAAUGAGAGCCAAUUAUGUGUCUGAUCACAAGCCUAUCAGGGUCCGGAUCAAAAUGGGUUCUGAAAUCUUGUCCCAGAAAGUUGCAGUGGUGCAUAGAGGCCUUGGUCUAGAUGAUUCUCCAAAUUUACUGGUUAACUUGCCACCAGUAAAAACACAUGAUAAUAGCUGCAGAGUACCACCGUAUUUAUCUCUAGAUACACCUAAUGAAUCUCCUUCUAGAAUUCUUCGGGAAAUGACAUCAGCUCCUGUCUCAGAGGGUCAACUGAUGUCUCCACUUCCUCAUACUCUGCUUCAUGCAAAGGAAAAGCUUAAACAAGAAACUGUUGUAGACAAUGAACCUGUGGUUGAGAUUGAAAAAGAACUUCCUGUUCUGCCAUCGAAGAAGUUUUGUGAUGCAUUUGGUAGUGGGAAAACUCUGAAUGGAAGCAAAAAAAGCGGGAUAAGCUCUAUUGAUGCUACUAUUUGCAAGGAAAGUCCAUCACUUGCAGAGACAAAGAAACAAAAAAAGUUUGCCGUUGGUCAGAGAACUAGGAAGAAUACGAACUGUGGUUUAGAUAGGUUAAAUUUUAGUAAUGAUCCUUCAACAUUUGAAAGUAUGCUGCAGAAGGAUAUUAAUAAGGAUGGAGAAAGUGACCCAGAAGUCGCACCCAAGAAAUCAAAUGAAGCGAAGCUUUCUUGUGGAAGGUUAGAGAAUCCUUAUCUGGUCAGCUCGGAGAAGUUAACAAAGGCACCAAAAUCAAAAGCAAGUGUCUGCAAUAAUAGAUUUGGUGCUGAACUUGUAUCUGGGACGCCCUUUAAGGGUGUUGAACAUAUUGGACCUAUUGGUCAGAAUGAUACGGAUAUUGGGCUUGGUUCUGAGGCUGCCCCUCCUCCAACCAGUCUUGAACUUGAUAGCUGGGUUCAGUGUGAUAGAUGUGAGACAUGGCGCUUACUACCAUCUGGAAUAAAACCUGAGCAAUUGCCUGAUAAGUGGACAUGUAGCAUGCAAAUUUGGCUGCCUAAUAUGAACCGCUGUGGGCUAAGCCAGGAAGAGACUGCAAAUGCUGUUAUAUCAUUACUCCGAAUUUCUGGUUCUCAGACUCAUAAUUUGGAGAAUGGUGUUAUCAACCUUGUCUCCGAUGCUGGUCGAGUUGAUCGAAGCCAUCAACCUCUCACCUCAGGUUUGUUAUGUAAUAGAAUAACGAAGAAAACCAGAAGGAAAGACUUAUCUAAAGGAGGUCUAGGCAAUACCCAGAUUGAGGCAGUGAGCACUAUGGGAAGUAACUUACAGGUUUCUGUUCAAAUAAACACUGCAGGGAACCACAGUGCUGUACAGAGAUCCAAAGUUCAUGACCUUGGUAUUGCCUGUCAGGCACGUUUCAAGAGGAAGAAGGAGAAUCACCAACAGGAAAAUGACAAUUCCAAGAAAACCAAGGAUGCUGAUGCAAACAAACUCUCAAAGAAGGAUAAAUCAAAAGAAAACCCUGGGAAAUUAAAUCUGGUAAAGAGUAUGGCUGAGAAGAGCACAAAACCAUCUGACAAUGGUUUUCCCAUGGUGGAUAUGGAGCGAGACACAGAAAAGAAAGUACGUGCAUCUCAAAAGAAACUUGACCAUCAAUCUAAACCCGCAACUGGUGAUAACUUCUUGGCUGCAAAAGCUUUUGAUAAAACCAUUGAUCCUGUAACGAGGGAAAAAUUGAUGGAAUAUAAGUGCAAUUACAAUGGCAAUCACUCAGAAUUGUUGGGAGAGGGAGAGAACAAUGUGUCUCCAAACCAGAAAUAUAAAACAUCGGAGGUUUCAAUUGCAGAUCACAAGGAAAUGAAAACACGCCAAAAGGAUGGAAUGCAUCUGGCUGAUGGCUUUCGAGAAUAUGGAAGGGUACCUGUUUCUCGGAUAGCAAAUUUAAGCUCUUCAAAGGUUUUAGGAUCGCAUAAAAGUGGGAGUGCUUAUGCAGAAGAAGUAAAAGCAUUGCCAGUGGAAUCGAUUUCCUCAUCUCGUACAAGAUCUUCUUGCCUGAAAGAUCUUGCAUCAGGUGGAGAUAAUAUAUCUCAAAAUGGUCAAAAUACACACUACAGUGAUGCUGGGGAUAGAACUAUUAACCGAAGAACAUAUCUGGAAGGUGAUUGUGAGUUUGAGUCAGUAACUCAACCCAGAAACGAUAAACAAUCAGAUCUCGAAAUAUGUGGUCAGAACUCAAAGUUUGGUGGCCUAUAUCGCACAAAUAGAAAUGCCAAAUCCAGGCAGGAUCAAUUACAGGAUUAUCUUUCUGAAAGCAGAGCUGAUCCUCUACAGUCACCUGUAUCUCAGGACAAUGUCCUCAAAAGUAGAUCUGCAACAACGAAAGUCAGUGCCUUAACUCGUGGGACUAUGGAUAGCUCCUGUCAGGUUGCAAAUGAUGUCCUUAAAGAGGCCAAUAAGCUUAGAAAGCUUGCUGACUGUUUGAAGAGCUCUGGCUUUGAGUGUGAGCAUAAGGAGGCCAGCUUCAAAGCAUCCCUGAAGUUUCUCUAUGGAGCUUCUCUUCUGGAAAUGUGCAGUGGCGAGAACGUUUUGAAUGAGACAAUGAAUCAUGUUGAAGCUUAUAGUACUGCUGCUAAACUUUCUGAGAGCUGUGCUCUUGAAUAUGAAUCAAACCAGGAAAUGGCUGCAGCUGCUUUGGCCUAUAAAUGCACGGAAGUGUCAUGCAUGAGGAUAAUAUAUGGUAGAAGUCUUGGUGCAAGUAGGGACUGGAAUUCACUUCAAAAAGUGCUGCAGACGGCUCCUAAAGGUGAAUCGCCAUGUUCUUCUGCAUCAGAUAUCGAUAAUUUUAAUCAUCAAGGAGUGGUGAAUAAAUCUUGCUUUUCUACGGGAGGUCUUCCUCGUAUUGCUGGAAACCAUCACAAUGUAGCUAGAAGCCAGCAAAAUUUUGUUCAGCUACUGGACUUUGCAGAAGUCAUGAAUUUGGCGAUGGAAGCUUCCACAAAAUCCCGAAAUGCUUUUAGAGCUGCCACCGUCACUUUAAAGGAGUCAGAGUUUAGAGACUGUGUUUCUUCCAUCAAGACAGUAGUCAACUUCAGCUUCCACAACGUGGAAGUGCUUAUACGCCAGGUUGAACUGGCAUUAGAUGGUCUAAGUCGUUCGAAUUUUGCUGGUGUAAGAUAUUGACUCCAGUAUGUCUGCAUAGGCUCGAGAUCUAUAAUCUCGCUGCUCUGGUUAAAGGAAAAGAAGAGCAGAAUACAGGAGGUGGUGACCUAGAUUUUCUUUGUCUUCCCUGUACAUCCAUAGAAAUAGAUCUAUCUGUUGGCAAAUUUUGUGACUUCUUUUUCUGAGUCUUGUCACCCUUGAUCAUACUAGGAAAGGAAUACUAUGGGGAGAGAGGGACAUUAUACAUUGGGUCUUAGUUGGCGGUAGCCCAUCAUUCUUUUAUUUUUCUUCAAACAGAAUAUUUAUAUUAUAGAAGUAGGAUGCUUUAGGCGGUCAUUAAGAUGUUUGAUAAAGAUAAAUUGGUGAUGAAACAAUUUGCUCCUGGCCCUCUAAAUCUUGGUUCAGUAUUGUUGAGACUAUAUGUUGGAAUGGAAAAUUGCAUUCUUUGAGGGGGAGUCCCUGACUC